AUGUUCAAUGAACGUUUUACGAUUUUGUACAGUUUACACUUUUUCUCCAAUGAUGAAAAAGUAUCAGAAACAUAUAAACAGUAUAGAUGCCAGAAAGAGGAAAGGAGAGGAAAAGAGACGGAAAUUAACGGUAAUGAGAAAUGUGCUGAAUACAUUUUUAGCUCAGCAGAAGUCCAUUACAUUUGUUUCUAUGACUUUGAUAUAGUACUGAAUACACCGCCAGUAUGCUAA